CAAUCAUUGUGUAAAGGAAUAGCUUAUACUUUUAUCUUCAAUUGUGUAAAGAAAGAAACAACAAAAUCAUUUUUGUUCUUCUCAAGGAAAAUUCUCUAUCAGAAUUAAUUGAUGGCUAAAGAACGGUCGAUGGAGGCAACCCCUACGUGGGCGGUUGCCGUGGUUUGCUUCAUCUUGCUGGCUAUUUCCAUUUUUAUUGAACAAAUUAUGCAUCACCUUGGAGAGUGGUUGUUGAAAAAACACAAAAAGCCUCUAUACGAAGCACUUGAAAAGAUCAAAGCAGAGCUUAUGUUGUUGGGAUUCAUAUCAUUGUUGUUGACAGUGAUACAAGACCCAGUUUCUAACUUAUGUGUCCCCAAAAGUGUUGGUUAUUCCUGGCAUCCUUGUAAGGCAGAUGAAGAUGUCAAGUCUGAGUAUGAUGACCCUUGUUUACAAAAGGGAAAAGUUCAAUUUGCAUCUUCAUAUGCAAUACACCAGCUCCAUAUCUUCAUCUUUGUGUUGGCAAUUGCGCAUGUUUUGUACUGUAUAGCAACUUUUGCUUUGGGCAGGUUAAAGAUGAGAAAAUGGAGGGCCUGGGAGGAUGAAACAAAAACAAUUGAGUACCAAUUCUAUAACGACCCUGAGAGGUUUAGGUUUGCAAGGGAGACCUCAUUUGGACGUAGGCAUAUGCAUUUUUGGAGCAAGUCGCCGGUGAUGCUCUGGAUAGUUUGUUUCUUCAGGCAAUUCUUUUCAUCAGUAGCAAAAGUUGACUAUUUAACCCUUAGACAUGGGUUCAUGAUGGCACAUUUAACACCACAGAAUCAAGAGAACUUUGAUUUUCAAAUAUACAUUAAUAGAGCAGUUGACAAAGAUUUCAAAGUUGUCGUGGGAAUAAGUCCAGCAUUAUGGCUCUUCACGGUAUUAUAUUUUCUAUCCACCACCGAUGGAGUUUACUCGUAUCUUUGGGUUCCAUUUGUCCCACUCAUUAUAAUAUUGUUGGUUGGGACAAAACUUCAAAUGAUCAUAACAGAAAUGGGGGUUAGAAUUUCAGAAAGGGGAGACAUAGUGAAAGGUGUACCAGUGGUGGAGAUCGGUGACCAUCUUUUCUGGUUUAAUCGCCCUGGCCUUGUGCUUUUCUUCAUUAACUUUGUCCUCUUUCAGAAUGCGUUUCAAGUUGCUUUCUUUGUUUGGAGUUGGUGGAAAUUUGGUUUUCCAUCCUGCUUUCAUAGAAAUGCUGCAGACCUAGCCAUUAGGCUAACCAUGGGAGUAAUCAUACAAGUCCAUUGCAGCUAUGUAACUCUCCCUCUAUAUGCCUUAGUUACUCAGAUGGGUUCAUCAAUGAAGCCUAUCAUCUUUGGUGAUAAUGUGGCAACAGCUCUUAGAAGCUGGCACAAUACAGCGAAAAAGCGGGUGAGACAUGGGCGGGUAUCAGAAAACACCACUCCGAUAUCUAGCAGACCGGCCACACCAUUGCGUGGUACCUCCCCAGUUCACUUGCUACGUGGCUACCCAAAAUAUAACGAGGACAAUGUUCAAGCAUAUCCUCGAACAUCGAAUGUAGAAAAUGAAGGCUGGGCUAAUGAAACAUCCACUGAGAAUAAAGAUCAUCAGGAGGAGGGACAAAUCCUGCAGCAUGCCUCCACUUCUAUGCAACAUCCGCAUACUGAUCAACAUCAAAUUGAGAUUGCAAUGUCAGAUUUUACUUUUGGAAACAAAUAGAUCAAUUGAUCAUCUAGUCUCCAUAUGUUAAAACUUCCAUCUUCAUUGUUUUCUUUGUCUCGAGUUCAUUACUGUAGAGAAUACCAUCUUCAUUGUUUCCUUUGUUUCGAGUUCUUUACUGUAGAGAAUAUAUGUAUAUGUGUGUGUAUAUAUAUAUAUAUAUUUAUAUA